ACGGGGAAGAUGGCGGGUUUUCCCGGGGUUGUGGAUUCCGCUACUCCGCAGGACGAAGAGACCGUGGCCGGGACGGCCCGUCAGGCCUCGGCCUCGGCCCGUCCCCGAGAAGACUUCCGAGUGCUCUGCACCUCGAAGCGGGCCGUGGCGGAAGUGCUCGAGCUGUGCGGCCGCUUUGUGCAGCAGCUCGGGGACGCGCUGCCGGAGGAGAUCCGGGAGCUGGCGCUGCGGGACAUGCAGUGGACUUUUGAAUCAGCCGUGCAAGAGAAUGUCAGCAUUAAUGGGCAAGCGUGGCAGGAGACUUCAGAUCAUUGUCUUGUAGAUUCUGACAUCAAAAUACUUGAAGAUCAAUUUGAUGAAAUUAUAGUAGAUAUUGCAACUAAACGCAAGCAGUAUCCCAGAAAGAUCCUUGAAUGUGUCAUCAAAACCUUGAAAGCACAGCAUGAAAUUUUGAAACAGUUUCAACCUGUUGUACAACCUUUGGACCUGAAAUAUGAGCCUGACCCAGCUUCCUGUAUGGGAAAUCUGAAAUGCAGAGGAGAAAGUAUAGCCAAGGACAUCAGUAGAGUCAUGAAGGCUUUGCCUGCAUUAAUUGAACAAGCAGAUGGGUUUUCCCAAGUCUUAAAGAUGCAGCCUGUUAUUCAGCUCCAAAGGAUCCACCAGGAAGUCUUCUCCAGUUGUCACAGGAAGCCAGAUGCCAAGCUUGAAAGCCUCAUAUCACAAGUAGAAACCACACCAACAGAGACUGCUUCCAGGGGAUCCUCUAAUGUGGUACUUAAAAGAAAGCAAGCUCAAGACUGCCCACAGAGAAAAUGGUAUCCCCUAAAGCCUAAGAGAAUUAAUCUUGAUACGUGACCAUUCGUUUGUUGUGGGAGUUGAAAAUAGGUGUUACUGACAUUUCAUUGCACAUUCUCACCUAGAAUAAAUUCAUUUAACAGAACAACAAAUUCAUUUAUAUAGUCACAUUAACUGCUAUUCUGGACACGAUGCAUAUUUUAGCAUUCCAUUCGUAGUAUUGCCAUAAGGCCUAAAGUGGACUUAAAUAAUAUGCACUUACUAUCCUCAAUUGCCAGCCACUCACUCUGGGCUGUCUUGCCCUAUUCUGGAAUUUCGUGAGCUACAUGUUCUGUAGACUUCCUUGAUGUACAUCUUUCUUUAAGGCUGUGGUCUGCCUGGGCGUUCUCUUAAGUGCUUUAAACAAACAUCAGUGCCACACAAGUACAGUUUGACUCCCUAAUUGGCAGGUUACUAUACUGGUUUUCUCUUUGUUAUAGAAUCACCUAAUUUGGAUUUCUGGAAUUAAUUUUAGAAUUUUGUUAUGUUAAGAAGACUAUUGUUUGUGCAAGAAUUAUUUUUUAAAAAUUGGUAUGUAGUCAUGUAUUUUGCCCACACUUGUCCAUGGAAAUUUUAAUAUGACUUGGAACAAAUGGUUUCUUUUUAGAAUUCCUCAUUUACUUCUAAAUAGAUCCUUUAAGUUCAAUGUGUGUGUGUGUGUGUGUGUGUGUGUGUGUGUGUGUGUGUAUUGAUACAUUGGCAAAUUGUCAUUUUUCAGCAAAUUCAAUUAUACUGAAGUAUUGCAUACUUGAGGUUUGUAUGUCAAAGAUAAACCAUCAUUAUAGCAAGUUAUUUUGUACUGUUCUUCUAACAUUUAAUUUCAGUUUCUUAAAGCUUCUUAUGUCUUACACUCUACAAUGUAGACAGGGCAUCUAACUUGCUGUUUCCCCCGAAGUGACUGAUACCUCCAUCCAUUUUUAGAGGACUUCAUUAAUCAUGACUGGGAAACCUAUGAUGUCUUCCUCAUUGUAUCCACAUAAUCACAAUCAAGUAUGUCUCAGUGAAGAAGAUUCUAUCAUAUAGCCACUUUAUUCCAUUCUUGCAUUCUGUUUGAUGUUACAGUUUGAAAUCUGUAAAUUUGUAUGUAUCAGUGUGGAUUUUUUUUCAUUAAAAUAAUGUGUAAGGACUGAAA